UGGCAUAUCUUGGCUUGUCAAAGAUAUGCAAAUUUAUCCAAGGACCUAUAAAUAGUGUUUAUGUUUUUCCGGAAUUUUUCCGGUUGAAUAUACUCGCUUUAAAAUUAGGCCUCUUUUUGCAUCAUUUCUGGAUUCUUCUUGAAACUGGUAAGACAUGUUUUAAUUCUCUGUAAUAAAGUAUACUCUUUAGAUUAAUUUAAUCGUUCAAAUACUUUUAUCAAUUUUAUUAAGUCGAGAAAAGGCAUAUAUGCCACCGAUUUCCGCUCGAUGGCCACUGAGGUCCUUUGAUUGUAUGGAUUUAGAUGCAACAAUCUCUCGUGUGCAAUCUUCAAUGGCGCACAUUAUUUUAGCUUGAUCUUAAAUUUACUGCUUUUUUUCGGCUUAGCUACCAAUAUUCCAAUAGAAUUUUAUGAAAUUGAUUAACAUUAAUUUAUUUACAAAUUAAUUAGGUAACAAUUUUCGCUUUUGUUUUAAAAUACCACGAGAUCAACGGGGUCAAUGCCAAGGCCGAAGAGACAACUUAAACGGGCGGCUGCCCGUGAUACUCAAGACCCAGGACAAGCACGCAGGCCAGGCCGGCGCAGGGCUCAACGCCAACAGACCAACAAUAACGAACAAGAUGUCCAGGCUCAACUGGCACCCCCUCAGCCCCAGGCAGUCCAACUACCCCAGGCAGCCCCACAGCAUCAGGCGGCACUGUUACAACAGGCAGCCCCACCACAGCAAGCCCAGGAUCAGGCGAGUAAUGUAAUUUUUAAUCCCCCUGUAGCAACAUUACAACAAAACACCACUCUAUUGCCCGGCCUCAUUUCGCCUGUCAAUUCUAGUCUCACAUCUACAUGCACAGAUACAGGGAAAACUUCCAUUAUCACCUCAACCCAUCAGCCUACUCCUGAACCAAUCAACUCUAUUACAGUUCCCAUUGGGUAUCAUGUAAACCAACCAAUUAAGCAAAAAAUCAUCACGGGCGAAUUUGUCAAUCUGGGAACAUUAUUGGUAAGGGACCCCACUAAUGCCCAUGCAACAUCUACUCUCACAAUUGAUGCGCAGGGUAACAUCAUAUCACAACCAAAACCCACAACCAGAAUAACAUCUAUCGAAAAAUGGACAGAUGCAUUUCUCAUUUAUUUUAGCAUUUACACUGCAGUGCACCCACUUAGAUCGCAACAGCUUAUUAAAUAUAUGCAUGACGUUCGCUUAGGGGCACAUAAUUCUAAUGGGUGGGUUUCGUACGAUGAACAAUUUAGGCUAAGGAUUGCACACAACCCGUCACAGAACUGGGGAAUCAUAGAUAAUGAGCUUUGGUUAUUAUACAUGACUGCCAAUUCAAAUAAAUCUUCUAGUACCCAACACCACAAGUGCUUCGAUUACAAUCUCAAAGCAAACUGUUACAAGCCCCAUUGUCCGUACAUACACCGAUGCCUUAAAUGCAAUGGCACCCAUCCAUCUAUGUUGUGCAACAGUGCUAACCCACCCCCAAGUCAUGCAAAUAACUCCUUUCGGGCAUCCACUCCAGUCCGCAACAACUCUUAUGCCACAUUCAGGUAUCAGACACCAGCACACCAAACACGCACCAACCAACAUUGGGCGGGAAACCCUCGUCAACCCCAGAGACAUUUGGGUUCUAGGGUAUUCUCCCAUAAUCAUUAGCGCAAUUAGCAAUUAUUUGAGUCAAUACCCAGAUAGGGUCUCGGCAAGGUAUUUAGAGGAUGGUCUAAAACAUGGCUUUAAAUUGCAAUACUCUAGACCACGCAUUUCAGUUUUCUCAAAAAAAUUGAGUUCAGCUUCCGACAGUGAGGAGGUUCUCUUGGAAAAAAUAUAUAGUGAAGUUACGGCAGGUCGAAUGUCUGGCCCAUACUUACUCCCACCCAUGCCUAAUUUACACGUAUCUCCCAUAGGUGUUGUACCCAAAGCUGACGGAGGAUGGCGUAUGAUAACACACUAAUCCUACCCACCCUCUUUCAGUAUUAAUGAACACAUAGACCCACAGUUCACUACAGUUACCUAUACAUCAUUUGACACAGUGGUCCAAACCAUAAGCACAUUAGGUCCUAUGGCUCUAUUAGCUAAGGUGGACAUUAAAAAUGCUUUUCGUCUUCUGCCAAUUUACCCAGGGGACUUUGAACUUCUAGGAAUUUACAUUAAUGGGGCUUAUUACAUCGACAAAUGCCUCCCCUUUGGGUGUUCAAUAUCAUGCAAAAUAUUUGAAACUUUUUCCACUUUCUUAGAAUGGGCUGUCAAAUUUAAAACACAACUCGAUACAGUUCACCACUACUUGGAUGACUUUAUUCUUAUUGGCAAGUCCAAUUCAGAUAAUUGUUCAGCUCUCAUGCACACUUUUCAGGACAUUUGUUUAGAAAUAGGGGUCCCCCUGAACCAAGACAAAACUAUUGAGCCAACCACUAAGCUUACAUUUCUUGGUUUAGAAAUCGACACUGUGAAUAUGCUGGUCCAAAUUCCUGUUAGAAAGGUUCAAGAACUCAAACUUUUGUUGCAGCAUUGGGUCACACAGAAAAAAAUUCUUCUUUCCCAGUUAGAAUCUUUAGUGGGCAAGCUCAAUUUCGUUAGUAAAGCCAUCCCAGGUAGCCGUGCAUUUAAUAGGAGAUUUUACAAUGUUAUGUCCGGGGUGCCCUCUCCCUAUCAUCACAUCAGAAUUACGAACCCUAUCCGUGAAGACAUGUUCACAUGGCUACAAUUUUUAGACAACUUUAACGGCGUUGUAUACUUCCCAGACACUGAAUGGGUUACACUAGAUACUUUGCAACUUUACACGGAUAGUGCAGGUUCUGGCCACCUUGGUUGCGGCAGUUUCUUUCAGGGUCAGUGGAUUCAUUUUACCUGGCCAUCUUCAUGGUUAAACAAGCCAAUUUUGCGGGACAUAACUUUUCUCGAAUUAGUACCUAUUGUAUUAGCCUUCAUGAUAUGGGGAUUGCGUUUGCAAAACAAAAAAGUCAUCCUCCAUGUAGAUAAUAUUUCCCUUGUACAUAUU